UGAACCACGACGAACGAAAGUUGUCAUUGUGCGUGUCAGAUUGUAAAAAAUUGUGCAAGGUGUACGUUGGUUUUUACAUCGUUACGAGUGAAAAUAAUUGGAACAGCGGUUGUACAGAUCGAAAUAAUCGACUUUGCCACACCCUGUGGCCAUUUUGGAGAGGAGUGAUUGUUCCACGAAUGCCGAACGGUAAAUAACGUUCAAGAUGGAUCAGAUCACGCCAAAGGAAGUGAAAAUCUUGGAAAAUCCUGAGGACAUUCAGGAGAGGCGAGAACAGGUUCUGAGUCGGUAUGCUAAUUUCAAAGCGGAAGCGCGUAACAAGAGAGACAAACUCGAGGACUCCCGUCGCUUUCAGUAUUUUAAGCGAGAUGCGGACGAACUCGAAGGAUGGAUCUACGAGAAAUUGCAAGCUGCCUCGGACGAAAGCUACAAGGACCCGACGAAUCUUCAAGCGAAAAUACAGAAACAUCAGGCAUUCGAAGCUGAAGUCGCCGCCCAUUCCAAUGCCAUAGUGUCGCUUGACAACACCGGCUCAGAAAUGAUUGCACAGCAUCAUUUUGCUAGUGAUGUCAUUCGUAAAAGAUUGGAGGACCUGCAUCGUCUGUGGGAGUUGUUGCUGGCUAGAUUGGCCGAUAAGGGUCUCAAACUUCAACAAGCCUUGGUUCUUGUACAAUUUAUCAGACACUGCGACGAAGUAAUGUUCUGGAUCCAUGACAAAGAAGCGUUCGUAACGACCGACGAAUUCGGACACGACCUGGAACACGUAGAAGUACUCCAGAGGAAGUUCGACGAGUUUCAGAAGGACAUGGCCAGCCAGGAAUACAGAGUGACCGAAGUGAACGAGCUAGCAUACAAGCUUCUCUUGGACGGGCACCCGGAGCGCGAUACUAUUUUGCGCAGAAAAGAGGAACUCAACGAGUCCUGGCAGAGAUUGAAACAGCUUGCUGUUUUGAGGCAGGAGAAACUGUUUGGCGCCCACGAGAUCCAGAGAUUUAACCGGGACGCGGACGAAACGAUGGCUUGGAUCGCCGAGAAGGACGUCGUUCUCUCCUCGGACGACUUUGGACGCGAUCUCGCGAGCGUGCAAACGUUACAGAGGAAACACGAGGGCAUAGAACGGGACUUGGCGGCUCUGGAGGAUAAGGUGUACACCCUGGGAGCCGAGGCGGAUCGUCUGGCAGCUAUUCACCAGGCAGACCAUUCGAAACAGAUUCAAGCGAAACGCGCGGAGAUCUUGCAAUCGUGGGAGAGUUUAACGGCAAAGGCAAAGGAACGACGCCUGAAGCUCGACGAGUCUUACUAUUUGCACAGAUUCUUAGCCGACUAUAGAGACCUGGUCUCGUGGAUGAACGAUAUGCGCGCGAUUAUAUCGGCGGACGAAUUGGCUAAGGACGUAGCCGGCGCGGAGGCCUUAGUUGAGAGGCAUCAGGAACACAAGGGGGAAAUCGACGCCAGGGCGGACAGCUUCGACUCGACCACCUUGGCUGGCAACAAACUCCUGGAAAAGAAACACUACGCCGCGGAGGAGGUGGCUCGAAAGUUGAAUUCCCUCGCGGAGGACAAACAGUCUCUCCUGAGUCUCUGGGAGAAGAGAAGGAUCUUGUACGAACAGUGCAUGGACUUGCAGCUGUUCUAUCGAGACACGGAACAGGCGGACGCGUGGAUGGCCAAACAAGAAGCGUUCUUGGCGAACGAGGACCUAGGGGACUCGCUCGACAGCGUGGAAGCUCUCAUCAAGAAGCACGAGGACUUCGACAAGUCUCUGGCUGCCCAAGAGGAGAAGAUCAACGUGCUGGACGAGUUCGCCGGGAAACUGAUCGAGGGUGAACAUUACGCGGCGGACGACGUGGCUCAGAGACGUCAGUUCCUGUUGGAGAGGCGCGCCGUGCUUCUGGAGAAGUCUGCACAGAGAAGACGUCGUUUGGAAGACGCAUACAAAUUGCAGCAGUUCGAGCGCGACUGCGACGAGACGAAGGGCUGGGUGAACGAGAAAUUGAAAUUCGCCACCGACGACAGCUACUUGGAUCCCACCAAUCUGAACGGCAAGGUGCAGAAGCACCAGAACUUCGAGCAAGAAUUGAAUGCAAAUAGAACUCGCAUGGAGGAGAUGGUGGCGACCGGUCGGGAGCUGAUAGAGAGCGACCACUACGCCAGCGAUCGAAUUCGUACUCGUACAGAUGAGAUCAUGAGGCUGUGGGAUUGCCUCACCCACGCCACCGAGAAGAAGGGUGCAAAGCUGCAAGAAGCCUCUCAGCAACAGCAGUUCAAUCGUACCGUCGAGGACAUUGAACUGUGGCUGUCGGAGGUCGAGGGACAGUUGAUGUCUGAAGACUACGGCAAAGAUCUGACCAGCGUGCAGAACCUGCAGAAGAAGCACGCCCUCCUCGAGGCUGACGUCGCGUCCCACUCGGACCGGAUCGAGGGCAUCACCCAAGCCGCGGAGCAGUUCGUCAAGUCGGGCCACUUCGACGCGAACAACAUCAAAGUGAAGCAGGACCAGCUGCACUCUAGGUACGCCGCCCUCCAACGACCGAUGAGCAUCCGGAAGCAACGGCUCCUCGACUCCCUGCAGGUGCAGCAGCUGUUCAGGGACAUUGAGGACGAGGAGGCCUGGAUCCGCGAGAAGGAGCCGGUGGCUGCGUCCACCAACCGUGGCCGUGACCUGAUCGGCGUGCAGAACCUGCAGAAGAAACACCAGGCGGUCCUGGCGGAGAUAAACAACCACGAGCCCCGGGUGGCUGCUGUCUGCCAGGCGGGAGCCACCAUGUUGGAGGAGAACCACUUCGCCGCUGAGGAGAUCAGUCAACGUUUGGCCGCGUUGGACGAGCACUGGGGACAGCUGAAGGAGAAGGCUCGUCAGCGCAAGAAUGACCUGGACGAUUCCCUCCAGGCGCAUCAGUACUUCGCGGACGCGAACGAGGCGGAGUCAUGGAUGAAGGAGAAGAGACCGAUCGUGAUGAACGCAGAUUAUGGCAAGGACGAGGACAGCUCGGAGGCUCUGUUGAAGAAACACGAGGCGUUGGUCAGCGACCUGGAGGCGUUUGCUAGCACUAUAGCCGCGCUCAGGGACCAGGCUGCCUCCUGUCGCCAGCAAGAGACGCCUACCAUCGACAUCACCGGCAAGGAAUGCGUAGUAGCUCUGUACGAUUACACGGAAAAGUCACCGCGCGAGGUGUCCAUGAAGAAGGGCGACACGCUCACGCUCCUGAACUCCAACAACAAGGACUGGUGGAAGGUGGAGGUGAACGACCGUCAGGGUUUCGUUCCAGCCGCCUACGUGAAGCGUGUGGAGCCUGAAGCUGGCCUCAGCGCGUCUCAGCAGAACCUGGCCAGGGAGCAGAGCUCCAUAGCUGCCAGACAGUCGCAGAUCGAGGGUCAGUACGACGAUCUUCUGAGACUGGCUCGCGAACGACAGAACAAGCUCAACGAAACAGCCAAGGCUUAUGUGCUGGUGAGAGAGGCUGCAGAGCUGGCCACCUGGAUCAAGGACAAGGAGAAUCACGCUCAGGUUCAGGACGUUGGCGAGGACCUGGAACAGGUGGAGGUGAUGCAGAAGAAGUUCGACGACUUCCAGGCUGAUCUGAAGGCCAACGAGGUACGGCUGGCGGAGAUGAACGAGAUCGCCGUGCAGUUGAUGAGCCUGGGACAGACGGAGGCUGCCCUCAAGAUCCAGACGCAGAUACAGGACCUGAACGAGAAAUGGACCAGUCUGCAGACUCUCACCGCCGAAAGGGCUAAUCAGCUAGGCUCAGCUCACGAGGUUCAGCGGUUCCACCGUGACGUAGACGAGACCAAGGAUUGGAUCCGCGAGAAGGACGCGGCUCUGAACAACGACGACCUUGGGAAGGAUCUGCGCAGCGUGCAGGCCCUGCAGCGCAAGCACGAGGGUCUCGAGAGGGACUUGGCCGCCCUCGGGGACAAGAUAAAGCAGCUGGACGAAACCGCCAAUCGACUGAUGCAGUCGCAUCCGGAGACCGCCGAGCAGACGUACGCCAAGCAGAAAGAGAUCAACGAAGAGUGGACUCAGUUGACGGCAAAAGCAAACAGCAGAAAGGAGAAGUUGCUAGACUCCUACGACUUGCAACGAUUCCUCAGCGAUUAUCGGGACCUGAUGGCUUGGAUCAAUUCAAUGAUGGGUCUAGUUGCUUCGGAGGAGCUGGCUUCCGACGUCACCGGCGCGGAAGCUUUGCUCGAACGUCAUCAGAAUCACAGAGCAGAGAUAGACGCGCGAUACGGCGUACUCCAGGAGGAGCAUCGAAUGGAGAUCGACGCCAGAGCUGGCACCUUCCAAGCGUUCGAGCUGUUCGGGCAACAGCUGCUGCAGUCCAGUCAUUACGCUAGCGUUGAGAUUCAGGAGAAGCUCGAGUCCAUGGCGGAGGCUAGACAGGAGCUGGAGAAAGCGUGGGUGCAACGACGCAUGCAACUCGACCAGAAUCUGGAGCUGCAACUGUUCUGCAGAGACUGCGAGCAAGCUGAGAAUUGGAUGAGCGCUCGCGAGGCGUUCCUCAGCAGCGCUGACACCGUGGACAGCAGCGACAACGUAGAGGCUCUCAUCAAGAAGCACGAGGACUUCGACAAAGCGAUCAACGCCCACGAGGAGAAGAUCGCCACGUUGCAGACGCUGGCUGACCAGCUCAUAGCAGCAGAGCACUACGCCGCUAAACCGAUCGACGAGAGGCGUUGUCAGGUGCUGGACCGCUGGAAGCAUCUCAAGGAUGCCCUCAUCGAGAAACGUUCCAAGCUGGGCGAGUCCCAGACCCUCCAGCAAUUCUCUCGCGACGCCGACGAGAUGGAGAACUGGAUCGCCGAGAAACUCCAGCUGGCCACCGAGGAGAACUACAAGGACCCGGCGAACAUACAGUCCAAGCACCAGAAACACCAAGCGUUCGAGGCAGAGCUGGCAGCGAACGCUGAUAGGAUUCAGUCGGUGUUAGCAAUGGGAGGUAAUUUGAUAGAGAAACAUCAAUGCGCCGGUUCUGAGGACGCUGUUCAGAAGAGGCUGGCGUCGAUCGCCGACCAGUGGGAGUACCUCACGCAGAAGACCACCGAGAAAUCGAUGAAGCUCAAGGAGGCGAACAAGCAACGCACCUACAUAGCCGCGGUGAAGGAUCUGGACUUUUGGUUGGGCGAGGUGGAAAGCUUGCUCACUUCCGAGGACGCGGGCAAGGACCUGGCCUCUGUGCAGAACCUGAUGAAGAAGCAUCAGUUGGUGCAGGCCGAUAUCCAGGCGCACGAUGAUAGGAUCAAGGACAUGAACGCGCAGGCGGACUCUCUGAUCGAGAGCGGGCAAUUCGACGCGGCUGGCAUCCAAGAGAAACGACAGAGCAUCAACGAACGUUACGAGAGGAUCAUCAACCUGGCAGCUCACAGACAGGCAAGGCUGAACGAGGCGAACACGCUGCAUCAGUUCUUCAGGGACAUAGCAGAUGAAGAGUCGUGGAUCAAGGAGAAGAAGCUGUUGGUCGGCUCGGACGAUUACGGUCGCGAUCUGACCGGCGUUCAGAACCUGAAGAAGAAGCACAAGAGGCUGGAGGCGGAGUUGGGUAGCCACGAGCCUGCCAUACAGGCGGUCCAAGAGGCCGGGGAGAAGCUGAUGGAUGUGUCGAACUUCAGCGUACCUGAAAUCGAGCAACGUCUGAAGUUGCUUAACCAGGCGUGGGCGGAGCUCAAGCAGCUGGCCGCUAACAGAGGCCAGAAGCUGGACGAGUCGCUCACGUAUCAGCAGUUCCUGGCCAAGGUCGAGGAAGAGGAGGCAUGGAUCACGGAGAAGCAACAGUUGCUCUCGGUGGAGGACUAUGGGGACACUAUGGCCGCGGUGCAAGGCUUGCUGAAGAAGCACGACGCGUUCGAGACCGAUUUCGCGGUGCACGGGGACCGUUGCAAGGACAUCUGCGAGGCCGGCGAGGCUCUGAUCAAAGCUGGCAACCACCGCGCGGACGCCAUUGGUCAGAGAUGCGCCCAGCUGCGCAACAAACUGGAACAACUUGGCGCCCUGGCCGGCAGAAGGAAGAUCAGGCUCAACGACAAUUCCGCCUACCUGCAGUUCAUGUGGAAAGCGGACGUGGUCGAGUCGUGGAUCGCCGACAAGGAGACCCACGUGCGCUCUGAGGAGUUUGGACGAGACUUGUCCACCGUUCAGACGCUGCUCACCAAGCAGGAGACCUUCGACGCGGGUCUCCACGCGUUCGAGCACGAGGGAAUUCAGAAUAUCACGUCACUGAAAGAGAUGCUGGUUGAUUCCGGACACAAUCAGACACCCAGUAUUCAGAAACGUCACGCGGACGUGAUCGCAAGAUGGCAGAAGCUUCUCGCCGACUCCGACGCGAGGAAGCAACGUUUGCUGAGGAUGCAGGACCAGUUCAGGCAGAUCGAGGAACUGUACCUGACGUUCGCCAAGAAGGCGUCCGCUUUCAAUUCGUGGUUCGAGAACGCGGAGGAGGAUCUGACCGAUCCGGUUCGUUGCAACAGUAUCGAGGAGAUCAGAGCGCUCAGAGAGGCUCACGCGCAAUUCCAAGCUAGCUUGUCCUCGGCUGAGGCGGACUUUGACGCUCUCGCGGCUCUGGACAGACAGAUCAAGAGCUUCAACGUAGGCCCCAACCCGUACACUUGGUUCACGAUGGAGGCGUUGGAGGACACGUGGCGUAAUUUGCAGAAAAUAAUCAAAGAACGAGACGUGGAACUCGCGAAGGAGGCACAACGACAAGAAGAGAACGACAAACUGCGUAAAGAGUUUGCCAAGCACGCUAACGCAUUCCAUCAGUGGUUGGCAGAGACAAGGACAUCUAUGAUGGAAGGGUCAGGGUCGUUGGAACAGCAACUGGAAGCUACAAAGAGGAAAACUCAAGAGGUUCGUGCGCGUCGCCAAGACUUGAAGAAGAUCGAAGAUCUGGGCGCGAUUUUGGAGGAGCAUUUAAUUCUAGAUAAUCGUUACACGGAACACAGUACCGUGGGAUUGGCGCAACAGUGGGAUCAGUUGGAUCAGCUGGGAAUGCGUAUGCAGCACAACUUGGAACAGCAGAUACAGGCGCGUAACCAGUCAGGUGUUUCCGAGGAUGCGCUGAAAGAGUUCUCCAUGAUGUUCAAACACUUCGACAAAGACAAGAGCGGGCGUCUUAAUCACCAAGAGUUCAAAUCGUGUUUAAGAGCGCUUGGGUACGAUCUACCGAUGGUGGAGGAGGGUCAGCCUGACCCGGAAUUCGAAAACAUUCUAGAUAUCGUUGAUCCAAAUAGAGAUGGUUACGUAUCGUUGCAAGAGUACAUGGCAUUCAUGAUCAGCAAGGAGACCGAAAACGUGCAGAGUUCCGAAGAAAUAGAAAACGCUUUCCGCGCCAUCACUGCCGCUGAUCGGCCAUACGUUACGAAAGAGGAACUAUACGCUAACCUUACGAAGGAGAUGGCCGAUUACUGCGUCGCCCGCAUGAAACCCUACGUAGACCCGAAGACAGAACGACCGAUCACGGGAGCAUUGGAUUAUAUCGAAUUCACUCGAACCCUUUUCCAAAAUUAAUUACAAUUCCAUAAAUUAUUCAAUUUUUAAUAUAGGACUUAUUAAAUUAUAGGAGCAAAAACGUGAGAUACGAUACUUGUUUUAUUAAAGACCUCGCUACUUUAACUAGAUGCAUAUAUAUAUAAUAUA